AUGGUUGGUGGGCUGUGUGCAAACAGAGGGAGGAAAGGCCCCACCCAGGAGGUGACAGGCCAGGGACGGGCAUCUCCAUCCUCAGACAGGGUGGCAUCAGCUCCUGUCCGCCAGCUGCUGUCCUGGCGUGGGCCUGCAGCAGGAGGAGAGGAGAACUGCAGGAACAGACACCCGCAGGACUGCAACACAUAUGCGCACCUCGCCUGGAGGCAGGGCCUCACCCAUCACGCAGGCGUGAGGCUGGCCAAUCGCCAUCAAGCAGGCGUGAGGCUGGCCAAUCGCCAUCAAGCAGGUGUGAGGCUGGCCAAAAGUCAUCACGCAGGCGUGAGGCUGGCCAACCGCCAUCACACAGGCAUGAGGCUGGCCAAUCGCCAUCAAGCAGGCGUGAGGCUGGCCAAUCGCCAUCAAGCAGGCGUGAGGCUGGCCAACCGCCAUCAAGCAGGCGUGAGGCUGGCCAAUCGCCAUCAAGCAGGUGUGAGGCUGGCUAACCGCCAUCACACAGGCGUGAGGCUGGCCAACCGCCAUCACGCAGGCACGAGGCUGGCCAAUCGGCCAGUCGGCGUGGGUUCCGCUCAGUGGGAGUCGUGGGAUUCGAGGCGUCGCCUGCCGUGCUGGUGCUCAGAGAGGCCUACUCUUGGCAGGGUCUGCACUCUGGACGCACCUGACAUGGACGCACCCUCCAGCUCAGGGAGGAAGCGCCUCGCCUCUCUCCCUACUGCCACCAUCCCCUCCAAGAAGGCCCUGAAAGAGGCCAAUGUCUUGCUCAUCUCUGACAGUGAGGCAGGAGAGCCAAGCAGUUCCAGCGCCCCAGCCCAUGCUUCCAAAGGAUACAGUCUGGCAGCUGAUGACCAAGAGGGAGUAUGUUCUGAAGUAGAAAUUGAUCCAGACUUGCGGUGUCAAGUCCAGGAGAUUGUGCAAGGAUUUAGAGCUGACAUCAAACAGGCUAUUGUUGCAAGGAGAAGAAGAAUUGAAAAAGCUACAGAACCUGUCAUCAAGGCCGCUAGUAAAAAAAUUGAUCAUAUUUGGGUAACACAACAUGAACACAGGCAGAAUCUUCAUCUCAAAUUUUCUCGGCAGUUUCUGGCUUUGUUUCAGGAAUGGGAUGAUGAUGAAAAGAAAUUCCAGGAACAAGAAGAAAAACUAGUUAAUGAUUUUCAUGAACAACGAAAGAAUCUUCAACAAGCUGUUGCUAUUCAGAAUAGGACCCUGAAAAAAAUGAAGGCAUUAUAUGAGCAAUUCUCAAAGAAACUGGUGAAGCUGGAAAAGGAACAUGAAGGUUGUUUUACUGAACAUGGUGAAGUGAAGCAACAAAUAAAUGAGUGGAAGAAAAACAUUGUCACUCAAGCUCAAGAGCAAGAGCUGGGAAUUAUUCAGAAGUCUCUCAAUUCCCUCUUGUUCUGAUGACUUUGAAGAAGGCUCUGGCACUCCAGAUAUAUGGUACACAUAACGGCGUUAGAUUAGCUUCACUCAAGGACAUGCCUGUGGUUUAUCAGUCCUAGUUGACACCAGUUUGUGCUGCUCAUCAUAGUUUGUUUGUUAGUAAGGGACCCUCUUCUUUCAAUACUUCUGUAAGAACUGACCAGCUUAUGACUCGCAGAAAUACCCACGUUACGAAAUGUAGACACCUUUCAGCCAGUUCCUGGUUCUAUGACAUUUGUACCUGACGUUGCCAAUGAAUGUCACCAAUAAAGAUGGUUAAUUUAAA